AUGAAGUGCAAAACAGACUGCAUCGAAAGACCUCUGUCUCUCGUCUUUGAAAAACUCGGCCGUCUCAUUGGGAGACAUCCGGUUGUGUUUAUCUUAUUAUCUUUAUAUGUAGCUGCUGGUCUUGGAGCGGGGUUCAUCUUCCUCAAGGAGAGGGAGGCAAACGAUAUCGAAGACCAGUUCACACCUGUCAAUGGACCUGCCAAGCGGGACAGAGAGAUCGUGGCCGAACACUUCCCUCCAUCUGAUGAGUUUUCCCAGUUAAGGCUCAUGUCUGAAGGCACGUACGCCUCUUUAAUCAUCACAGACUUACAAGGAGAAAAUAUAUUAACUGCAGCAGCUUUUGAAGAAAUCCUAGCGCUAGACAGACAAGUGAAAACUUUACAACACCUGGGCAACACCUUCGAGAAGCUCUGUGCCAAAAUAAAGGGAAACUGUGUGUCAAACGCAGUUUUAGACAUUAUUCGGUAUAAUGCUGCCGACAUAGAUUCUGUGACCAUAACAUAUCCGAUCAACGACAAAACAUUUUUGGGAACAACCAUCGGUGGUGUAGAGACACAGCCAAACAGCUCAAUGCUGAAAAGUGCCAAAGCGAUCAGACUUUAUUACUUCCUAGAUGAGAAGAAGAGCAAGGGAAACGCAGACUGGCUUGAAGGCUUUAUACAGUUCUUCUCUAAUUACACAGACCAGGAAAAGGUCAGUGUGUCUUACUUCACGUCAGUGUCAAGACAGAAUGAGUUUGAGGGCAAUACAGACUCCGUGAUCCCUCUGUUCUCCAUCACAUACGCCCUGGCCAUCAACAUUGCAGUUCUUUCUUGUUUGAGGUUAGACUGUGUCCGGACGAAGGUGUGGGUGGCGUUACUCGGCGUGGUGUCUGCUGGUAUGGCCGUGUUGGCGAGCUUCGGUCUGCUGUUGUUCUGUGGGAUGCCGUUCGCCAUGACCGUGGGCUCGGCACCCUUUCUGAUUCUAGGUGUCGGCGUUGACGACAUGUUCAUAAUGAUCUCCAGCUGGCAGAAGACUGCGGUUGAUAAAGGCGUGGAGUUCCGCUUAGCAGAAGCGUAUAAAGAGGCUGGCGUGUCCAUCACCAUCACCACGCUGACAGAUGUGCUGGCCUUCUACAUCGGGCUGCUGACGCCCUUCCGCUCGGUGCAGUCCUUCUGCAUGUACACCAGCACCGCUCUGCUCUUCUGCUACCUCUUCAACAUCACCUUCUUCGGCGCGUGUCUCGCCCUGAACGGACGGAGAGAGAAAAGCAACAGACACUUUCUGACAUGCAUGACGGUCCCAAAACCCAGCGGCGAUGCUGUAAGUUGUUGUGCUGGUGGGGCUUUUGAUGAAAACACAAACAAGGAGCAUGAAAUGCCAAUGGAAGUGUUCUUUAAGAAAUAUUAUGGCCCAUUUCUGGCAAAGGUGUGGGUCAAGGUGCUCGUGUGUCUGAUCUACGCCGGAUAUUUAGCUGUCAGUAUCUACGGAUGCUUCCAAAUGGAAGAAGGUCUAGACCUGAAGCAUUUAGCAACAGACGGCUCGUAUGUUGCAGAUUACUAUGACAGAGAGGAUGAGUUCUUCUCUGCGUUUGGUCCGAAUGUCAUGUUAGUCAUCAAAGAUGAGCAUUUUCAGUACUGGAGCCCUGAUGCUCGUAAAAGUCUUGACUUGUGUUUGAAAAACUUUCGAGAUCUAACAAUGGUAGAUUCAGAGAUUCCACUAACUUCUUGGCUUGAUGCAUAUAUGAAGUUUGGCCAAAGUUCUUUUGAUUUAAACAAUGAAAUGAUAUUCAAAACUCAAUUACCUGCAUUUCUUAACCGCUCAGAGUUUAGCCACGAUGUUCAUUUCACCGAUAAUAAUAUCAAUGCAACACGCAUGUUCAUUCAAACGGUGAACAUCAAGACAGCGAUCGAUGAGAAGGACAUGUUGAAUGCGUUCAGAGAAGCUGCACACACAUGCGGGAGGUUGGAGACGCCUGUUGAUCUGAUCGUGUAUCAUCCCGCAUUCAUCUAUUUCGACCAAUAUGCCGUCAUCGUCAGCAACACAAUCCAAAACCUAGUAGCUGCUACGUGCGUGAUGCUGGUGAUCUCCCUGCUGCUGAUCCCGCACCCUCUCUGCUCGCUCUGGGUCACCUUUUCCAUCGCAUCCGUCAUCGUGGGAUUGGCCGGCUUCAUGGCGCUCUGGGACAUCAGCUUAGACUCCGUGUCCAUGAUUAAUCUUGUCAUCUGCAUCGGCUUCUCCGUGGACUUCUCUGCUCACAUUUCCUAUGCUUUUGUGUCCAGUGAAAAGUCCUCAGCGAAUGAGAAAGCCACGGAUGCUCUCCACAAGCUGGGCUAUCCCAUCAUUCAGGGAGCCGUGUCCACCAUCGCAGGAGUGGUGGUGCUCGCCGCAGCUAAAAGCUACAUCUUCAGGACCUUCUUCAAAAUCAUGUUCCUGGUCAUUCUCUUCGGGGCGCUGCACGGCAUCGUGUUCUUACCCGUGUUCCUGAGCUUCCUCGGCAUUUGUAGCAACCGUCGUGUGAAAGAUGAACCAGAGCAGAAGGACACCAGUGAACGGAGAGUAAAAGUGUUCAGGAUUCCGACUGUGCAACACCUGAAAGCCUUUUCUGCUGAUCCUGACUGUUUCUGA